CAGCUGAAGCUCAGAGAGGCGAUGCAGACCAGAGUGCAGCAGCUUCAGUGAGCAAAACAUCCAGCCACGGCAUGAAUUCCAGCCACGAAACACAAACUCCAAAUGGCAAUAAGAGGGACCAAAAUUCAGAGGCUGUUGGAAUGCUUUAAAACUUUCUUGUAUCCUCACUUUUUUGAAAGGAUAUUUUUUACCCUUUUCAAGUGACGUGAAACGGGGGACAAUCGAUCUCUCAGGGCAGCCCGUCUGAAGUAGAAGAUGCCCCCGAGGUAGUGGCCUUGUCCUCCUUGCCACUCCCCCUCCUUACUCCUUGGCCCCUUUCCUCUACCUCCCUGGUUUUGGCAGCAUCACCGGCACCUGUGUCCCUGCAGCCGCCAUGCCCCCCAGGAAGAGGACGCGGCCGGGCCUGGGCUUCCUGUGCUGCUUCAGCAGCAGCGAGCCGCCGGAGAUCAACCUCAAGGACAGCGUGCCCCUGCAGCUGCUGGAGUUCAGUGCCCCGAUGCCGCCUGCUGAGGAGCUGCACGCACGUUUCUCUGAGCUGGUGGAUGAACUGGACCUGACGGACAAGAACAGGGAGGCCAUGUUCGCGCUGCCCGAUGAAAAGAAAUGGCAGAUCUACUGCAGCAAGAAGAAGGAGCAAGAGGACCCCAACAAGCUGGCCACCAGCUGGCCCGACUACUACAUUGACCGCAUCAACUCCAUGGCUGCUAUGCAGACGCUGUUUGCCUUUGACGAGGAGGAAAUGGAAAUGAGAAACAAGGUGGUGGAGGAUCUGAAGACAGCGCUUCGGACUCAGCCGAUGAGGUUCGUCACGCGCUUCAUCGAGCUCGACGGCCUCACCUGCCUCCUCAACUUCCUGCGCAGCAUGGACUACGAGACGUCCGAGAGCCGCGUCCACACCUCCGUCAUCGGCUGCAUCAAGGCGCUGAUGAACAACUCGCAGGGCCGAGCCCACGUCCUCGCCCACCCGCAGAGCAUCAACACCAUCUCGCAGAGCCUGCGGACGGAGAACAUCAAGACCAAGGUGGCUGUGCUGGAGAUCCUGGGGGCCGUGUGCCUGGUCCCCGACGGGCACAAGAAGGUGCUGCAGGCCAUGGCGCACUACCAGAAGUACGCUGCAGAGAGGACCCGCUUUCAGACCCUGCUGAAUGAGCUGGACAAAAGCACGGGCCGCUACAGAGACGAGGUCAACUUGAAGACUGCCAUCAUGUCCUUUAUCAACGCUGUGCUCAACGCCGGAGCCGGGGAGGACAACCUUGAGUUCCGCCUCCACCUCCGGUAUGAGUUCCUGAUGUUGGGCAUCCAGCCGGUCAUCGACAAGCUCCGGGAGCACGAGAACGCCACUCUGGAUAGACAUUUGGACUUCUUUGAGAUGGUGCGAAAUGAGGAUGACUCCGAAUUGGCCAAAAGGUUUGACACGAACCACGUAGAUACUAAGAGUGCCGGUGCCAUGUUUGAGCUGAUCAAGAAGAAGCUGAGCCUCACAGACGCCUACCCCAACCUCAUCUCCAUCCUGCAGCACUGCCUGCAGAUGCCCUAUAAACGAGGCGGGGGGAGCAUGCAGCACUGGCAGCUCUUAGACCGGAUCCUCCAGCAGUUGGUCCUCCAGGAUGACAAGGGAGAGGACCCAGACGCCGCCCCCCUGGACAACUUCAGCGUCAAGAACAUUGUUCGCAUCCACGGCUUCCACCAAUCUUCAAGGUUGGUCAACGAGAACGAGGUGAAGCAAUGGCGAGACCAGGCAGAGAAGUUCAGGAAAGAUCACCUCGAGCUGCUGGGUAAACUAGAGCGGAAAGAGCGCGAGUGUGACACAAAGACCCAGGAGAAGGAGGAUAUGAUGAAGACCUUGAACAAGAUGAAGGACAAACUCCAGCGGGAGGGAGUGGAGCUGCGCUCAGCCAGGGAGCAGGUCCUUGACCUCUCCUCGCGCAUCAAUGACGUUUCUGGGGUCAGUGUGUCUUUCCCGCCUCCCCCUCCUCCUCCUGGCGCCCCGGUGGCUCCGCCCAUGACGGGCGGCUUUCCUCCGCCGCCUCCUCCGCUACCGUUCAGUUGCCCGCCACCUCCUCCGCCUCCACCCCCACCGGGAGGCCCGCCUCCUCCACCGGGAGCCCCUCCCAUUUUCGGAGCCCCGCCUCCUCCCAUUUCCUCUUUAUUCAACUCUGCGGCCAGCACGCACUCCAAGUCCAUCCCUCAGCCUUCUCAUCCCCUCAAGUCUUUCAACUGGGCCAAACUCGGAGAGAAUGUGAUCAACGGCACCAUCUGGAAUGACAUUGACGACCUGAGGGCCUUCAAGAUUCUUGACCUCAAGGACAUUGAGAAGAUGUUUUCAGCGUAUCAGAGACAGCAGGACCUGCUCACUAACCAAUCCUUCAAGCAGCAGAAGGAGACGGGUUCCAUGGACGACAUAUACGUCAGCACGCGGAAGGUCAAAGAGCUGUCGGUCAUCGACGGCAGACGCGCGCAGAACUGCAUCAUCCUUCUGUCAAAGUUAAAAAUGAGCAAUGAAGAGAUCAAAAGGGCCAUCCUGGAGAUGGAUGAGAGGGAAGAGCUGGCUAAAGAUAUGCUUGAGCAGCUGCUGAAGUUUGUCCCGGAGAAAAGUGACAUUGAUCUGUUGGAGGAGCACAAACAUGAGCUGGACAGGAUGGCGCGUGCUGAUCGCUUCCUCUUUGAAAUGAGCAGAAUUGACCACUACCAGCAGAGACUGCAGGCUCUGUUCUUCAAGAAGAAGUUUGCAGAGCGUCUAGCAGAAACCAAGCCAAAGGUUGAAGCUAUCCUGAACGCAUCCAAGGAGGUGGUCCGGAGCAAGAGGCUGACUCAGAUCCUGGAGGUGGUGCUGGCCUUCGGCAACUUCAUGAACAAGGGCCAGAGAGGCAACGCCUACGGCUUCAAGAUCUCCAGCCUCAACAAAAUCGCUGACACCAAGUCUAGCAUAGACAGGAACAUCACCAUGUUGCACUACCUGAUCAUGAUCGUUGAGAAGAACUACAAUGAUACGCUGCACAUUCAGGACGACCUCAGCAGUGUGCCGGAGGCCGCCAAAGUCAAUUUGUCGGAGUUGGAAAAGGAGGUGCACAAUAUCAAAAGCGGACUGAAGGCCCUAGAAGCGGAGCUGCACUACCAGCAGAGCCGGACGCGGGAACGCGGGGACAAGUUUGUGGCCGUGAUCGGCGACUUCAUCACCGUGGCCGGCUUCAGCUUCUCUGAGCUGGAGGACCAGCUGAGUGAGGCCAGGGACAAGUUCACCAAAUCUCUGAAGCACUUUGGGGAGGAAGAAGGCAGGAUGCAGCCCGAUGAGUUCUUCGGGAUCUUCGACACGUUUUUGCAGUCGUUCAACGAAGCGCGGCAGGACCUGGACAACAUGCAGCGGCGCAAAGACGAGGAGGAGAGGAGGGCGCGCAUGGAGGCCAUGCUCAAGGAGCAGAGGGAGCGGGAGCGGAGGGCCAAGAAGGGCGGGGCCUCGGACGAGGUCGGCGGGGAGUUCGACGACCUCGUGUCGGCGCUGCGCUCCGGCGAGGUCUUCGACAAGGACCUGAACAAGUUAAAGCGCAACCGCAAGCGCUCCGUCAACCAGCUGGUGGAGGGUGGGGGCCGCGAGCGGGCUGUCACCAAGGUCAACUACUAGGUUGAGAAAAGGAAGGAAAAAAAACCCAAACAAAACGCCAGACUCUUUAAUAGUGCCAUGGUGUAGCUCUCCCGACACCUUUAGGUCCAGGUCCGUUGAUGUUGGACAGGAUGUAAAUAGCGUGUGUGGACAGCCACGUCGCUUUGAAGGGUAGCCUCCUCUGAUUGAUCUCGCCAAGCUGUCCCCCAACCCGUUGGUCUUGGACGUUUUGUGACCCCCCCCCCCUGAGGACCGUCGUGAUCUACGGAUGGACGGACCACUGUGAGACGUCGCCCCGUAUCCUUUCACCUCCUAACACUGUGCUCAAGCUUCCCCCUCACAAACCCCGCAGGCUUCCUCCCUAAGGGCCUGGGGGCCCGGAGCAGCCUCAGCCGGCACACUGUACUGUACUGAGAGUGGGUCCCAACUGAAAGGAGAAGGUGGGAAGUGUGGAAGCAAGCCAUUCCAUCCACAGUGUCCCACCGGAAAGGGCCUUUCUGAGCCCAAAAAUAACGGGUAUUCAUUCAUGUCCCUUACUGGGGGGGGAAAGGGACGAGCAGUUGGCAAAUCCCAGAAUGCUUUUUGGGGCUUGGGAAAGAGAGAGAAAAGGUACGAGCCCCGUCCCGACCGCGGCAUUCCCAGGGAGGACGCAGUGUGUCCAGAGGAUACCACUCGUCUCCUCAUCUGGAGACGCCUGACAAAGUGUGACUGUCACCACGGGGUCCAUCCUCGCCUCCACCCGUCAAUGGUUUCCACAGCGGCAUCCAACCAGUGCCAAAGCAAAGAGAGAACCAAGGCACUCUGCAGUGAGGUGUUGAUAUGUUUAGAUGGAGACAAGCUGAUUGCAAAGAUGUAGGGGUUGUUAAAAAAAAAAAAUUAUACACGACAAGCGUUGUUGGUGUUGCAAGUUCACAUGGGUGUUGAAGUGGAUUUCUAGAUAUAUUGCGCUUAAUGUAAAAGACAAAAAAACAAAUUGCUCAUCCUUUUCACACCUCUCGUUUGCACCAUCGCUUCUCUGACUCACCUAGCAGGGGCCGGGGGGGGGGGGCUAGGUAGCAGCGACUCAGGACUAAGUUGGUGGCCCAGUGGGUUUGAGGGUUUCUUAAGGUAGACCUAGGGCUGGAGCCGCUGUGUCUGUAUGGUUUUUACUUCCGUCGGCGUGGUAACGCGUCAGACCGCACCGCUCCAUGAGUCUCGUAUUGCAAAGUGAGGACACAACAAGGCACUCUGAGGUUUAAGUUCAGCGGCAGCCUUGGAGAGGCUUUAUUCUAGUAGACCCUGUUACUUUGAGCAACCUGUUGUCAACGUAGGCCACCUUUCCUUCUGAAAUAUUCAAUGUGGUAUGAUUAAAAAAAUAAAAAGUGUUUUAUUUAUAUAUGCAUGUCUGGAGGCGUGACAGGAGGACAUGCAGUACAGGGUAGCUUGAUACACACAGGGGGCUUGAAUCCUGGGGGCUGCAUCAUGGGUCAUUAGGCACAGUGGGGGAUCCGUUAAAAAACAAGAAUCGUAUGUAAAGCAGGUAGAGGUCAACCACGCACAGAUGGAGUUUCUAUGAAAUAUCCUGGGAUCAUCCAUUUUGCUGGACACCCACUUUUUUGCUUUGCCUGCUUACUUUAGGACAACAUUCAGCCAGAAACACAAGAGGAAAAUUAAGAAAAGGACCCAACUAGUCUUUCUUUCGACUGGACUCCAGCUUUUCUGUUCUAUUUUCACAUGUACCUUUCUUUACCGUCUUUUUAGUUCCGCUUUCCCAAAAGAAAAUGCACAGUGUUUGCCAGUGACAAGCGGUUGGACUUGCACUAUCUGGCGCCAUCUUGUGACUUUAGAUGGUUCCCGCAGCCACUUUGUUGUGGCUGGCAUGUGAUAGGAGAUGUUGGACCUUCUACCUGGAUGAAGAAAAUUCCAAUUGGACUUAAGCGGAGCUUAAUCUAGAACAGAUCACUUUGCAGAGGAACCCCAUCCUACCUGGGGUGUUUUCCAUUUAUUUGGCCUCAAAUGGAAGCAGAGAGAAGCUGAAGUGUUGUUGAAAAGACAAAGGGACACUUUCAAAAAUGAAACAAAGUUUACUCAAACUUCCACAGCCCUGAGGGGAGAAUGCCGUAUGAUUGCCUUUUCUUUAACCAGCAUCUCAUGUAUAUUUGAGCUAUUGGAUUUCCUAACCUCCUUUUGUCUUUCCAAUUAAUCAGAGUUAGCGUAAAAGACAGACCAUUUAAAACUCAAUCCAGAGCUUUGACCCCGUCUUGUAGUGCAGACUAUUUACUGAGGUGCAUUGACAGUAUUAUCACACAUUUAUAUGUUUCAUGUUUGGAUGUUUAUUUUGGCCAUUGACUGGCUGAUAGCAGAGUGUACAGGUGGAAAUCUGAGGAAUGACAUUUGUAGCUUGUUCAAUGCACUUUUAUUAUGGGACAUUUCCAUUUGCCUGGAUCCAUUGCGAGGGUUUCAACCCCCUCUAGAAAUGAGAUGUGUGCAAAAAAAAAAAGAAGCAGAAGUAAAACAGUGUAUGUCGUGUCACAUCAUGCACUU